GGGAGAGAAAUACGAUGGCAGGAAAGCUGAUGUUUGGAGUGCAGGUGUUAUUCUUUAUGCUCUUUUAGUGGGGGCAUUACCGUUCGACGAUGACAAUCUUAGGAAUCUGUUAGAGAAGGUCAAGCGAGGGGUCUUUCACAUUCCACAUUUUGUUCCGCCGGAUUGUCAGAACCUGUUGAGAGGCAUGAUAGAAGUGAAUGCUGAUAAGAGAUUAACACUAUCCCAAAUCCAGAGACAUCCUUGGUAUGUUUUCAGAGGAACCAGAAACGAAAACCAACCAGAAUCGGAUAUUCCAAAGAAACACCAUAUCAAAAUACCUCCAAUUUUGGGUGAUGAAGAUGUUGACCCUGAUGUAAUAGGCAGUAUGACAUCUUUAGGGUGCUUCAAGGAUAGACCGAAACUUCUACGCAAUCUUUUAUCGCCACAUCACAACUCGGAGAAGGUGAUCUACUCACUAUUGCUGGAUAGAAAACAAAGGAAGCCCAGCUUUGAAGAUGAGUUAGAAUACAGAACCAGAUCAGAUUCAGCUGAUCCGCCUAGGAAGAGAGUAGACUCAUAUCACAGAAGAAGAUCAGAAAGAAAAUCUUUUGAUAUGACGAGAGAUGGGUCUAUGUCACCGGCCAGGAGAGCAAUGUCACAUCACAACUCAGGAUCAAGAAGCGUGACUAGUAGCCCUCUAGCGUCCCCCACCCACAGUCCUAGGCAGGUCUGCAGACAGCAUUCUGGUAGCAGCCUGGUAUCGACAGGAUCCAGCACCACGCCUCCAGCCAGCCCGACCGCAACCUCGCUGCAAGGUCAACAGCAGCAGGGCCAGUCGACACCCUGGAGGGCGCGACUGAACAGCCUCAAGAACACCAUCUUAGGGUCACCGAGGUUCCAUCGACGCAAGAUGCAGCCGGCGGAACCAGAUGAACUCUCACUCACUCCGGACAACUCACCAGAAAUGUCCAAGAAGUCUUGGUUUAGCAGUUUUAUGGGAGCGGAGAGGGUUGUAGAUGAGGAGCUGUCGAUAGCCGUCAGAGAUAAAUCCAUCAGUUCAAUCAAGGCCGAAUUAGUUCAAGCGUUUCUUACAAUUCCAGAUAUGAGCCACAGCGUGCAUUCAACCACCUCCUUCAAAGCUGAGUUCAAGAGAGCUGGAAGCGGUGCCGUCUUUGCCAAACCUAUCAAGUUCCAGGUCGAGAUCUUGACCCCUGACGGGAGCGAGGCCGCCAAGGAUAACAUGGUUCAUAUUCUACACUUCCUUCUCAUCUCAGGUCCAAUCAGGAGAUUCCGUCGGCUGGUUGAACUCAUCCAAACCCGUCUGUCAUCCUCCCGCGUCAACUCAACCGAAUCGCUUCCCGGCCCCAUCCGAUCGUCAUCGACGGGGAGCUCUUCCUCAACGAGUGUCGACUACGCCGUCUCACCCCGCCCCGUUAAUCCCUCCUUCAGCGAAGACGACGGCGAUGAGGUUUUCUCAGACGGCCGGUCGGUCUCUCGAGAAGGUCUGAUGGCCGACGCUGCCAAGGAUCGUGCCUGUAGUCAAGUAUCAAAUAGCAUUUGCUGAUGCAGCCCCACGUACUUGUUUUUGUGUCUGCUGUUAAUUUUUUUUAUCAUGAUAGUAUGUGUUGCUUUCAUUUUUCCUUUUUGAUAUAGUACGUGAUUUUUAUACCAUCGCUGUAGCAUAUGAUGUUGCCAAAAAAAGUAUUUUGUUUGGAUGGCCAAACAUCAUUUAUUUGGAAAGGGAAUGCUUCAUUUCUUUUCAUUAGACAUUGCAAUCUUGCGUAUUUAUUUUUCAUUGCAUCUAUGCCACCAGCAAACUGCCAUGUUCGUAGAGUGUAAAAGACAGCAAUUGGAAUGAAUUGUGACGAAUACAAUGCUUGAAUAUAUUAGAGACCAACAAUCUUAGAGGUAACUAUUUCGGACAAAAGAUUUCUACUUUUUCAGCAUAUUUCCAGCCAGAGAAAAAAAAAAACUCAACCGAAUCGCUUCCCGGCCCCAUCCGAUCGUCAUCGACGGGGAGCUCUUCCUCAACGAGUGUCGACUACGCCGUCUCACCCCGCCCCGUUAAUCCCUCCUUCAGCGAAGACGACGGCGAUGAGGUUUUCUCAGACGGCCGGUCGGUCUCUCGAGAAGGUCUGAUGGCCGACGCUGCCAAGGAUCGUGCCUGUAGUCAAGUAUCAAAUAGCAUUUGCUGAUGCAGCCCCACGUACUUGUUUUUGUGUCUGCUGUUAAUUUUUUUUAUCAUGAUAGUAUGUGUUGCUUUCAUUUUUCCUUUUUGAUAUAGUACGUGAUUUUUAUACCAUCGCUGUAGCAUAUGAUGUUGCCAAAAAAAGUAUUUUGUUUGGAUGGCCAAACAUCAUUUAUUUGGAAAGGGAAUGCUUCAUUUCUUUUCAUUAGACAUUGCAAUCUUGCGUAUUUAUUUUUCAUUGCAUCUAUGCCACCAGCAAACUGCCAUGUUCGUAGAGUGUAAAAGACAGCAAUUGGAAUGAAUUGUGACGAAUACAAUGCUUGAAUAUAUUAGAGACCAACAAUCUUAGAGGUAACUAUUUCGGACAAAAGAUUUCUACUUUUUCAGCAUAUUUCCAGCCAGAGAAAAAAAACAACACCUUUGUAGUGUACAAAUAGUCCCAUUAGUGAUCCUUUCCCAGCAUUUAUCUGUUCUAGUUGAAAUUCCCGUUGAUAUUCCAGAAUCAAUAAAGUAUGCAAUCUUGGGAUGCAAUACUGCAGAAAGUCAUGGACUUGACAGGAAUACUAAGAAGUUUUGAAUUUCUUGAAGAUCAGUCCAGUAUCUGGCAAAAAAUAUGUGGUAUACCUAAGGGCGACCGCACACCUUACAAUUGGUCUGCGACCCAAUUUCAGAAUAAAAUGUAGUAGAAUUUGAUGCUAACAUUGAGACUUGGAAUAUCUUACUGUGUAAUGUUCUUAAUACCUACAAAUACCUAUGUUAAAAUCUGUGACUAUGCUAUCAUCCUUCUUAGAAUAAAAGCGAAUUUAAUAUCUAGUCGUAAUGACGUCAUAGCAGUCAUACGAUUGGCUAAGAUUUGAAACCAAUUUGGCCUUUACUCCGAAAUAAAGGCUUGCAAUCUUUCAGAAUGGUUAUAUUAGUAUUCUUUCAAUUAAUUUAAACCUCAAAUAAAAUGAUAUGUUCCAUUCACAUUUUCAGAUAAUGAGCAAAAUGCGAUUUGUUCCAAAAUCGGAUCGCGAACAGUCUCAAGGUGUGCGGUGGCCUUAAAGACAUACACAUUUGUGAAUGGAACCUCUUUAUAUAAUAACAAUAAUAAUAUAGGGUAUUUAUAUUGUGCAAAUAUCCACCUUGUUAGGUGCUAGAGGUGCUCCUAAUACUCUGGCCAAACUAGUCUACUGAUCACUUUGCUCACAGCUUUUUGAGAAAAUACCCAAUGCUGGUACCUUUUUGCCUCACCUGUGUUGAGUGCAGCACAUUGUGGAUCAAUUUCUUGCUGAAGAAAAUUUUGCCAUGGCUGGGAUUUGAACUCCUGACCCUCAGUUUCAAAGGCUUGAGUCUUAACCACCAGAUCACGAUUCUCCAUUUUAAUGAAUUCUACCCGACCAUCAUGUAUGCAAAUUACAUUUGUUACUGAGCAUACAGUUGCGUUUGAAUAAGUCAUAUUUAUCCAGAUAAUGUUACCAAAAAAGAAUAUCAGACAUUUCCGUUUUGCAUUUUAAUGUUCAUUUGUUUGCAGGAUAAAAUUGAAUUCCAUGUUUUCUCUCUUUUUAAAGAAUGGACCAAAUGACAACCAUUCUCAAUAUUUCUAUAUAUUAAAGUAUGAUAUUAUAUUGCUGCAUAUAAUGCGUUGUUGUUUUGUGAGGGUCUUUUACUAAACUACUAAAGUACUAAAGAAAAUGUUGAUACCAUGUCAUUUCCAUUUAUUAUAUAUAGAAUGGCCUUCUGUUAAUUGAUAGCAUUACUUUGUAAGAAAGAGAGUUAUUAUCUAAUAGGUGUACUACUUUAAUCUGGUGAUCUCUUUACAAAGUCUUAGGGAAUGGCAGGCUUAAGCACUCAACAGGUUUACUGAUAAUGCUCAUUGAACUUGAAAAAUAAUAGGCAUUGAUAAUUGGUACAUUGUUUUGUUGUUUUCAGAAAGAGUGAUAAUCAAGUGAACAGUCCAAUCUAAUCUAAUUCCUACAGUGUGUUCCAUAAAAAACGAAACCGGGAAUUAUUGACUCUUUAAUCAUUACUUGAUCAAAAGAUGAUAUAAUAGAAAUGCAAGCACAGUUCUAAAGAAAGAGAGCUCUGUGUUAUUCCUUUGUAAUUUUGUUUUUGAUUGAGGUAUUGAAUAAGAGAGCAGAUAUGGAACUUUUUUUAUAGAUGUAAUUCUCUUUUUGAAAUUCAGAUACCAUCCGUGACUUUUUACUAUCCUUUCGUCAAAUUGUUUUUUCCUUGGUCAUGGCUGAACGAGGAAUAUUCUACUUUAUAGCAGGUGGAAAAGGGAAUUCUAAGCUUUAAAUUGAUAGGUUCUUUGUCUAUUGUAUUUGUGAUUAAGUUAUGAUAAACCAUCAUUAUCAUCGAUAUAGAGUGUUCUAGCGAUGCAUUAAAAACGCAUAUUUUGGUCUGCAUCAAUUGCCUGUGCAGUAUCAGAGCGUAUCCCUAAAGAGGACCGAAAUCCGACGAAUAUCCCAUAGGCUCCUGUACAGAAUUUGCUAUUGAAUAUGAGAGCUUAUUCAAUAGUUUAGGGCGUGGGCGCAAAUGCGUGAAAUAUACAACGCGUACAACAAUGAAAGCAAUGCGAUGCACAGCAUAGAGCACAACUACGCUCCAUGACGUCAUAAUGAACUACAUGCAAGUCGCAUGUCAACGACCAAAAUUGAUCCUCUGAAGUGAUAAUGGCUUGUGAUAUGACUUGUUAAAUCAAAUUUCACCCUUUUUUUGGGGGGUGGGAUAGGUGAUCAUAAUUAUAUUGGAAUAUUUUCCCAAACUCUUGGAAUAUUUCUUGUAUUCCAUUCUGAGCCAUCCAAUAUAAUAUAAUUAACUCUUGGUUUCUUUUUUUUCUGGAACGCACUGUAAAGGAUUGGUACCCAUGCGGACACAGACGACAUUAUUUAUUUAUCCCCAUGUUCUCUAAGGCUAUACAUAAAAGUCUGAGGUACAAGGUUAACUUUCAAUUUCAUGAAUGAUAAAAGUGUCUGGGAUUUCUAACUGUGCAAUACCUCACAUUGUAUAUUUAACACAGGGUUUACGCAAGAAAUAUUGCCCAUCGACUAUUCUAUGCUUAUUAAUAUGUGUAAGCUUAUUUUGUGUGCAAUUGAUAUUUACUUCUUCAGGAUUUGGUUGAAAUAAUGCUGUCCAUUUUUUUAUGUUAUGCAAUAUAGAAUGUUAGAAAAUCUUUUGUUAUUAUUUCUACAUACAUGUAUGAUUUUUUUUUUUGGCAGGGUCUGAGUUAUAAAUAAUUAUGCAUCUGUAUGUGCAUCCAACCUAAGGUUUCGUUACAAAAAGUCUGUCAGGUCAUUUGGUGGAAUCUCACUCAGCGUUUUUCACAGCAGCAUUCUUACAAUCCAUAUUGUUUUGUGUGUGUUAAAUUGGGAAGAUUGGUACUGAGCGAAAUUCUCCCUGAGCAUUUCUUACUGCGGCACCCAAUCAUACCCCACUGUUACAUACAUUUGAGGCCAGAAGUUUACAUACACCCAGGAAAUUCAAACAAAAGUUGACACUUGCCAAACAUAAGAUUUACUCUAUCUCUAUCUAAUAUUUUUGCUAUCAUGACGAAUUUGAUAUCAAACAAAUGAGUAUGUCAUGCCCCUUCAUCACAUUACUUUGUCAUCAGGAGCUGAAAAAUAUUUAGGUGUCAUUUUUUCACCAAGAAUCUUCUUAUUUUAGA